AUAAAAUAUUGUGACAUCAUGUUUUCAGAAAAAAAAGGAAGAAGAGAAAAAAAUGCUAAAGUUUAUUCUUUAACGAUUUCAUUAAAGGUUCUCAAGGAGUUCAGUUUCUACCAUGGUUUUCUACCGCGUGAAGAUUUGUUGUUUGUGUUAAAAAACGAAGGAGACUAUUUGUUACGAAUCAGUGAAGUUGAUAGUGCUGAAAAAACAGUGACCUUUGUAGAUUUUUAUCGGAUCGAUUCACCGAUGUCAAUAGCAUCUAUCGUUGGUGCUAUAGUGAUUCGACUUUUAUUUCAUUUGCAGAUAAAAAAUAUCAUCAUUCGAAGGCUAUCAUCGAAAUAUUUCGUAGAAAUCUCUAAACCAUUUGAUACAAUAAAGGAUCUAUUAACCAAUGACGUUGUUAGUUGCCAAUACGGUGAAGUUCGAGAGGGAACCGUACGAAGAAAGCAACAAACUCUACAGGUGGCCAUAAAAUUGGCAAAAGGGACAGGUGAUAUGAGUAAAGCAAAGAUUAAAGAGAUGAUGAGAGAAGCGAGGCUCAUACGAAACUUUAAGCAUCGGAACAUCGUGAGGCUAUAUGGUGUGGCUGUUGAUGAACAACCGCUCUACAUUUUACUUGAACUUGUUAAAGGUGGAUCGCUUAACGUUUAUCUGAAAACUCAUGGAGAAGCAGUUAGUACGUCUGAGAGAAUGUCAAUGUGUUAUGGGGCAGCGCAAGGAGUCGAAUACAUUCACAAACAGAGUUGCAUUCAUAUGGAUCUGGCGGCGCGUAAUUGCCUCUAUUCGGAAGACAAAGUGGUGAAAAUUAGUGAUUUUGGACUAUCACGAUUGGGCACACAGUACACUAUUCGCAGUUCGAGAAAGUUACCAAUCAAAUGGUUAGCACCGGAGACGAUCAGCGCCUUCACAUUUUCACUGAAGACAGAUGUGUUCAGUUAUGGAGUAAUGGUAUACGAAAUCUUUACCAGUGGAAAAGAACCAUGGGAUGGUUUUACCAAUACAGAAGUGAAAAAACUGGUGAGGUGUUUUGGAAAAAUGCUGACGUUACCUGAACUUUGCCCUGAGGCAUUUCGUAAGUUUAUACAUGAACGAGUAUUCGUCAAAGAUCCGUCGAAUAGAGCUAGUAUGACUGAGGUAAUUUUUAACUCUUUUACCUAUCUUUUAGAAUUUUAA